GAAAUGGGAGUGAGGUAGCUAAGAAUGUACUUAAAGGGGAGGGGGACAGGACAAAGGAAGGCACCUUGGCAAUGGAGAUUUGAUUUAGUGUAGGGUUCCCUAAAAUAGGAGAGUUGGUUAGAAAAUGCCACAACUAAAUGUGGCGCCAAAAACUGUAUUUCCCCUGCAAUUCAAUCGCCUCUAACCUCCAUUUCUGACACACCCUUCGUUCAUUCCAUUCCCAAAUCCCCUCAAUCAAACCCUUCUAACCAUUUCAACAAAACCCAACAUUAUUCCUCUCUCCCUCUCUCUCAUUUUCUUCUUUUAUCUCUUCCUUCCCUUCCAUGGCACCCUUAUUUUCUCCAUCCAUCAACCCAUUCUUCAUCUGACAAAGGUAAAGUUAUAAUCAAGCUGCGAAUUCAACGAUUACAGGAUUAAGCGAGGGAAUUUGAGCAUUGAUCCGUGCAGGAUAGUUCAUGGCAAUGGGGAGAGGGGAACUCUCACCACAGGACUUCAAAGCCACUAAAAAUAAUUGGAUUCAAUAUACAAAGAAGAAUAAUAUACGACUUCCUCAAGGCUCAUAUACUGACUUCGAAUGGAAAGACUAUUGUCCUGCAGUUUUCAGAAACAUACUAGAGCUAGAGAAAAUAGACUAUGCUGACUAUAUGUUGUCUAUUUGUGGUGAUGAGACCCUAAGAGAGGUUUCUUCGCCGGGAAGAAUUGGCAACGUGAUAUUUCUGUCAAAUGACGACCGAUUUGUGAUUAAAACUCUGCGAAAAUCUGAAGUCAAGGUUCUCAGGGAGAUGCUUCCAAAAUACUAUCGACAUCUUAAAAAACAUGGGUUUUCUUUGUUGACUACGUUAUAUGGACUUCACGUAGUGAGACCAAUUGGAGGUAUUAAGGUUUACUUUGCAGUCAUGUCAAAUGUAUUGCAAUCAGAUUUGCACUUGCAUAGACGAUAUGAUCUCAAAGGCUCGUCAAGAGGUCGAAAUUUCAAUAAGGUGAUAGUCCAUGAGGAGAUAGUAUAUAAGGAUAUAGAUCUUGAUUUCUAUUUCUACCUGGAACCAUCACUCCGUAACAAGAUAUUGACGCAACUCAAGUAUGAUUGUGAGUUUUUGGAGGCUGAGGGCAUCAUGGACUACAGUCUUUUGCUUGGUGUACAUAUAGAUGCUUCCUCGCGUCAAGGAUUCCAUUCAGGCUUAUUAGACAGGAGAAACUCUGUUUCAGGAACGAGGACCGGUCCAGUUCAUGAUAAUGCAGACUUGACUGUCGCUGACAUUCUUAAACAUAAUGGCAGGUUUGGUGCAAAGCUUCCUGCUAGUGCAGUCAGGACGCCAAGGAACGAAAUGGGGAUUGUUUCAUCACCAAGCAGGGUCAGGGUGCCUGAGUGCUACAAUGUAUUGCUAUACUUCGGAAUAAUAGACAUUUUCCAGAACUAUAAUGUUAUAAAGCGGCUCGAGCAUGCUUACAAAUCGAUACAGUAUGAUUCAAAGUCAAUCUCAGCCGUGAAUCCCAAAGUGUAUUCUUCUCGCUUCCAGGAUUUUCUUGCCAAAGUGUUUCUAGCGAGAGAAUCAAAUAAAAACUGGAAUUUUGAGUUUUGAUCCAUAUCAAGUCAAGUCAACCCAGUGGGGGAGAAAUCAACAAUAAGCUAUGUUUGUUCCUUGCCCACAUCAUGAUUUGCAAGUCAUAACGUAUAGGAAGGCGUUGAGGGUCAGGUUGUAGAAGAGAUUGUUAGCAGAGACAGAUACAUUGCAGCUGAAUAUGAAAAAGUUGGAGCUCCAUUGUUUCAGGAUGACUCAGAGAGGUUAAUAGAAAUGGCUCAGGCGUGUUAUCUUUUGAUUCAUACUAGAGUUAUAGUAAAACAUUUAAACUGUUUGUGUUGUUUGCCUGAGAUUUCUUAACUUUAUGGCUCUAUUGGCCUUGUUUUGAAUUCAUUCUAUCAGGAAGUGUACUUAUGACACGAGGAGCAAAUGAAUUGGAUGAAAUAUGAACUGAAAAAAAAAAAUUAUAGAAGAAGUUAGAGAAGGAGAAAAACGCCAUUUGUUCUUUAUAAGGGAAAAAAUCAAGCAGCAGUGGGAAAUGUGAAAACCAGUGCUCACAUUUUCAAAUUUUCUA